GCCGAAGAGCAGUCAUGGCGCCGUUGUAACCAAAACAAAACCACGCACCUCGUUUACGCGCAAAACCUUCGCUCUGGGCCCGCCACGGCACAGAUCUGACCCGGUUUGACCCGAGUCUGACCCGAGUCUGACCCGAGUCCCGCGCAGUUUAACUCAAAAAACAGAGACACGGGGCCAAAGGAACGGAACAGAUGAGCCCUCCUCCUCUUCGUCCAAUCAACGGAGCCCUCCCCCUAUUCGUCUGAUCGACUGAGGUGUCCUCCUGUUCAUCCAAUCAGCAGGCUUCUUAAUGAUGGCAGGGCGUGGCCGAGGGCGGGGCUUCAGGGCCAAUUUCAGUUUGGACUCAGAUCAGCCAACGCCUCUAUACCCGGUGCUGGAGCAGAAGCCCCUCCCCCUCUCAGGUGGGGAGCAGGUGGAGUACUUAUUGGCUUUGAAGCAGGAGUUCAGAGGAGCCUCGAGGAACCUGCCCAGCUUCCUCCAAACCAAAGUCCAGAGACGAGACGUGGAACGUUACUCGGACAAGUACCACAGCCCAGACCAAGACCAGGACCAAGACUGGACCCCAGACUGGUCGAGAUUUCCGAAAGAGCUUAGAGUGCGUUCACAAAAGCUCCGCCCCUCAGGUCUCAAAGUCAAAUCUGAAUCUCAAAGUGAAGCUCCUAAAAAACCCUCCAAAACCCAAGACAAAGACGUCCUACAGAAACUAGAGAGUCUGGAGCAGAAGGAGACCCACAGCGAUGAAGAGGAGGAGGAGGAGGAGGAGAAGAAAGGAGAGGAGGAGGAGGGAGAGGAGGAGCAGAUCGAAGAAGAUGAAUUUGAAGAGGAAACGGAUUACAUCAUGUCAUACUUCGAUAACGGAGAAGAGUUUGGAGCCGACAGCGACGACAACAUGGAUGAAGCCAUUUAUUAAUGUAGACUGGUUUUAGUGAUUUUAACGUGAUUUUAGACAGAUUUUUAUGUCAUUUUUAGUGUUUAUGUCUGUUAUAUAUGUCACUUGUUUAAAAAAAACUAAAACAUUUUAUCUGAAAAUGUAAAAAAAAAAAAGAUUUUAUUAUGAUUUUUAAUAAACAACUGUUCC